AAUAAAUAAAAAAAGUGGGCUAGAUAGACACGAACGAAACGAGCAAGGGUUUUCAGACUCGCGUGUUCGCAAGAAGAAACAAAUUUACAAGCGAAUAGGGAAAACAGUGCAAUUUGAAUCUAAUCUGUGUUUAUCAAUGGCCUUCAACAACGCACUAAGAUCUACUGCAAAGCUAAUUACUUCUUCCGAAUCCUCCCUUUCUAUGUCAGUGAGCAGAAGUUUUCAUUCAACUGGCAUUAAGAGGAUGGGAGGUGGACAUGCCCAUGAUGAGCCAUAUUAUAUUCAUGCUAAGCACAUGUACAACUUGGACAGGAUGAAGCAUCAGAAGUUGAAAAUGUCCCUUGCUGUGUUCACUGCUUUCAGCAUUGGUGUUGCAGUUCCUGUGUACGCUGUCAUUUUCCAGCAAAAGAAGACAGCUUCUGCCUAGUUCAUCUUUUGCUUCAUUUGCAACAAUAAGGUGGAUUUGGGGAUCCUAGACUAGCGUAUUGAUUUUGGUGAUUAUUAUUGCUUUGAACUUUGCUUUUGUUUAACCUUCUAUAUGGAUUUUCCAUAUAUGUCUGAUAAUAAUCAUUUUUCUCUGUACUACCAAAUACUUGUGCUUGGACAUUUACAUGUCUUCCACAUCUGUUUCCUGCGGUUCCUCAAUAGUUCGAUAAUUUGGUUAAUGCAUAUUUACAAUCAGCACUAAUUUGUACCUUUCUAUAUUAAUAUAAAGAAUGU